AUGUUUAAAUGCGUAUGUAAUAAAUGUGUAACUCAUGAAGACAUAUGCGAUACAAUUAGUAGUGCUGUUUCUGAGCCUGUAAAUCAAGAGGAAGAUAGUUUCAAAUUUGAACAGCAAGAUGUUGAAAUGAAUUCUGAGCUUAGAAACCUGAGUGACACAAAUGACAUUUUGGAUAUAUGGACAAGAAACCAACCUUUCUCUGAAACCAAUUGCGUGUUUGGCCCUGAAGAUAAUGCUCAGUAUACAAGUGGCACUUACAAAGAAGAAGGAGAAUAUAAAGAUGAAUCCAAUGUUGAGGUGGAAAAUGAUGAAGUUGCUCUUUUUGUCUCGCUAUACGUCGUGGAUGAAGGAGCUGUAAUCCUGAUUGCCAUAAUCAACAAGAUUCUCCAGUUUUUAUUUAACACAUUCCACCUUCCCGUGAGUGUUGCUGGCCUCAAACGUUUGGCCAGAUUUGAAGCAUUGACAAGUGGUGUCAGGAAGUAUGUUGCAUAUAGCAAAUGUCAUUCCAUAUAUGAUAAUGAAGCCGCCCAUUUGUGUUGUCCAUCCUCCAAUUUUGCUUGUUUAAGUCUGGCCCUGAAUCAAAAGCACACAAAACGACAUAUGUAUUACACUCUGUCAAGAAAGCCCUAA